ACUGGUGAGAUGUAAGUGAAAAUGAAAGUAGAUUUUGACAUUGCUGAACGGAGCUGAGACGCCAUUACAGGGUGAGAGAUCUCUGCUGGAAAACACACAACGGGAAGAUCUGAAGCAGUCAAGAGAAGGGACAGUAACUCGCUACAUCAACUAAUGUUGAAUCAUCCUGCUAUUAAUAAUUCACCUGGUGACAGGUGAGUGAUAAGGACAGUAGAUUUUGACAUUGCUGAACGGAGCUGAGACGCCAUUACAGGGUGUGAGAUCUCUGCUGGAAAACACACGACGGGAAGAUCUGAAGCAGUCAAGAGAAGGGACAGUAACUCGGUGAGUCUUGUUUUUGAGAGACAUUUAGAUACAAAGACAGAUGGCUGAGAACACUGAUCUUUUUGAAAGUUACCUGAACUGCCAUGUGUGUUCAGAGACUUUCAGAGAUCCUGUGUCUCUGAGCUGCAACCACAGCUUCUGUUCAAGCUGCCUGCACACAUUCUGGGAACUAGCUAACAACAAAAACUGUCCCAUUUGUAAAAGAAAAUCCUCAAAAGAGAAUAUUUUGGUGAACUUUGCACUGAAGGAACUGGCUGACAACUUUGCUGGGAGACAGAAAUCAGGAUCAUCUGAGACAGAAAAAGGAGAGAAGAAGGUGGAGGUGGUGUGUAGUAAACACCAAGAAGAGCCUAAAUUGUUCUGUAAGGAUGAAGAUAGAGUUGUGUGUCCUGUCUGUGAGUUUUCUCUCCACCACGGUCACACGGUGGUUCCUGUAGAACAAGCAGUCAGAGAUCUGAAGGAGCAGCUGAAAUCUGACUUACAGUCUCUGCAGGACAAGAGAGACAAACACAGACGAGUGGAGGAAACAUACGAUGAAAUAACUCAACACUCCAAGAAGCAGCUGCUGUCUACAGAGAGUCAGAUCAGAGCCGAGUUCAACAAGCUGCACCAGUUCCUGAAAGAGGAAGAGGAGUCCAGACUGGCAGCUCUGAGGGAGGAAGAGCAGCAGAGGGGGAAGACUGUCAGCAGAGAGAUGAAGAGGAUUCAGGAGCAGAUCUCCUCUCUGUCAGACAGCAUCUCUGCUGUGGAAGCAGACCUGCAGAAAGACACCGUGCCGUUCCUCAGCAGUUAUAAAGCCUCUCAGAGCAGAGCCAGAGUCCAGUGCUCGCUGUCAGAUCCACAGCUGCUCUCAGGAGCACUGACAGAUGUGGCCAAACAUCUGGGCAACCUGUCCUUCAGAGUCUGGGAGAAGAUGAAGGACAACGUCCACUUCUGUCCCGUCAUUCUGGACCCAAACACUGCACACCCCUGUCUCUGUCUGUCUGAUGAUCUGACCAGUGUGAGCCAGGGAGACACAAACCAGAAGCUUCCAGACAAUCCAGAGAGACACAGCAGGUAUCCCUCUGUUCUGGGCUCUGAGGGUUUCAGCUCAGGGAAACACAGCUGGGAGGUGGAGGUGGGAGAUCAUCCUGUCUGGAGGGUGGGUUUAGCCAAAGAGUCAGCUGACAGGAAGGGAGAAAGCUAUGCUUCACCAAAAUAUGGAAUCUGGUGUUUAUUACAUCACAGUGGUAAAUACAUUGAUGGAUCUGGUAAUACUCUCACAGUGAAGAAGAGUCUCCAGAGGAUCAGAGUCCAGCUGGACUAUGAGGGGGGGGAGGUGUCCUUCUACAACUCUGAAGACAAGACUCACAUCUACACUCUCAGAGACACUUUCACUGAGAAACUCUUCCCUUGGUUCGAUAUCGGACCUGCUGGUGAUGCUAAAACUGUAGAAAUCAAAAUCUGUCCAGCUGAGAUUUCUCUGUGAGGUUCAGAUGGGCUGAUGAUGAUGUCAUUUAUACAUAUGUUUAUUUGGUUUAUUGUCUAUUUUGUUGAACGAUCUGGAAUAUUGUAGUUGCUGUGUCUGUGUGUGUGUGUGUGUGUGUGUGUGUGUGUGUGUGUGUGUGCGUGUGUGUGUGUGUGUGUCUGUGUGUGUCUGUGUGUGUGUGUGUGUGUGUGUGUGUGUGUGUGUGUGUGUGUGUGUGUGUGUGUGUGUGUGUUUCUGUGUUGUCGUUUUUGGGUGGUGAUGAUGGAUGGGGGGGGAGUGUUCAUUAUGUGUUUCUGAUUUAUUUUGAUAUUGUUUACCUAAUAAACUGUCAGCAUUCCCAGAAUGCAUCACUCUUAAAGUGAAUGAUCCUAAAUGUUUGGGAGGGGGCCCAGAGGAGACUCUUAAAUGACAGAAAGGGGAGAGAGUGGAGAGAACAUUUGAAAUGUGCAUUUACUUCCUUUAUUUGAACUUGUCUCUCAAUCCUCAUAUGUUGUAUUUUACUGGCUUUAAUAGGAUUUAUUUUGAUCAACAACAGUUUGGUUUUGACUUAGUAUUGUUAUGUAUUUGUAGCUCUGAUUAGCAUAACUGUUGUUGCUCCUAUUAGUAAUAUCACUGUUAUGUGUGUUCUCUCUUUUACAGCUAACUUCUCUUUUGUAAAAUAAGAAACAUGAAGACGAGAUAAAGAGUCUGAUGGAUGUUUGAAAGUGUUUCAAUAAAAAGAGAAUUAGAAUUUUAAAAAA